GGGCAAUUCAGAAUCGUCGAGGAGUACUUCUUAAAGAGGCUGCCAGGUCCGCAUCUAGAUCGAUAAUGCAGAUAAAGUGCAGUAAUUAUGGCCGGUCCCGUGCGAGCGUCGGAUGAGGCAACCUCAGCAAUACAGAACAAAUCUUGGGAUAGAACGAGUUUUAUACCGCCACAUCAUGGAUGGAACGUGUUCCCGUUUAUGCCUUUGUUUAGUCGUUUGUUGAGACUAGCAAAUCGACGACCACCGCUAUUAGCGAUUCGCGACGUCCGGACGAAUGUAGAAAAGACGUAUCUGGAGCUUUUAUCUGAUGUUCUUGCCUUUAGGCAAGUCAUCGCACGACGGCUUGGUCGAAAGACCGUUUCCGCCAUGAGAGAGGGUAGAGAGAUAUAUGUUGCCGUGUUAGCUCCAGGGGGCUACGAAUAUGCUGUCGCGGUUCUCGCAGUGCUAGCGCUCGGGGCAGCAGUAGUACCUAUCACGACUGCACUACCAUUGCAAGAAGCAAUGUACUUUGUCAACAAAUGCGAGGCAGUUGCGGUACUUGCGGGUUCCAGUGCGGUCGAACUUGGGAGAGGGAUUGAAAAGCUGACGAGAGAGGGCCGGAAUAAGAACUUCCGAUGCAUACCUAUAAAACCGUCCACCAGCUCUCCCUGUUUGUCUACGGAAGACAUGUUAAUAAGUACAAGCGGCAGUCUGGACGAGAACGGGCCUGGAGUAGUCAUUUUCACAUCUGGCACUACAGGACCACCCAAAGGAGCCGUCAUGAGACGAUCAUUCACGCACGACUUUGCUUAUCAGAUAGCUGAUCAUUACGGUUUCUCGGAAGGCGAUGUGCUCUUGCACUGUCUUCCCGUCCACCAUGCGACCGGUAUUGGAGUAAUGUUCUUCCCAGUGUUGAUUGCGGGUGCUACGAUCGAGUUUCGCAGCGGCAGCUUUGAUGAAGAGUGGAUGUGGAAUCGUUGGCGUGAAGGUGCCAUCAAUCCCAAGCGUCGACUCGCAUUCUUUUCGGGAGUGCCUACGAUAUACAUGCGUAUGCGGCGACAUUAUCAACAAGUGCUCAGUAAAUUGCAGCCCGCCUUGAUUGCGGAGUACGUUGCGGGAGCUAGACAGUUUAGAGCGGUAUUAUGUGGUACAUCGGCGCUGCCGCAUCCAAUUGCUCAGUUCUGGACGGAUCUUUUGCAGAAUAGAAUCGUACAGCGAUACGGCGGGACGGAAUUUGGCGCUGUGUUUAAGGUUAGACUAGGAGACACGGACGCACCUGAUGGUUCGGUUGGCGAGAGAGUUACGGGAUAUGAUGUGCAGCUCUCUAACGGUGAUGAGGGUGAGGUGCUUGUCAGGAAUCAUCACAUGUUUGCCAAAUACCUAGGAGAUCCAGAAGCUACUGCAAACGCCCAUGAUGAGGAAGGGUACUUCAAGACAGGUGACAUUGCUCGACGCGAAGGGAAGUAUUACUAUAUCAUCGGUCGUGCUUCUCAAGAUAUAAUCAAAUCUGGUGGUUACAAGAUAUCUGCUCUCGAUAUCGAACGAGAAAUUCUAGCGCUGCCCUACGUGGCUGAGAUCAUUGUUGUCGGAGUUGAUGACGAAGAAUUUGGUCAACGCGUGGGGGCUGUAAUGACACUCCAUGAAGAAGAGUCAUCAUCGUAUCAUUUCAGAACCGAAUACGGUGAUGAUAGAUUCAGAUACACGAUCGCAGAUCUGCGACGAGACCUCAAGAGCAGGUUAGCUAGUUACAAAAUGCCCACAUUGCUCAGAGUUGUCGAAGGUGAUUUGCCGAAGACAGCCAGUGGGAAGAUCCUAAAGAAGAAGCUGGGCAUGAUGUAUUUCCCAAAAGAUUGGGAAGAUAUUGCCGAGGUGCAAUGCUGGAGACCAACAAGGCCUGGAAAGCCGAAGAUUGACCAGGUGGUUGCCAAACUCUGAGACGCCAACAUCUUUGUUAUUUUGGUAGAAUACACUGGGCUAUUUCAGAUUCAUGACAACUACCAGUGCUUCUCGUAG